CAGAGCAGAUACCGUUGAUUUAAACGCUCAUAUUUUCGUACCCGGAGUACGACACGAAGACAACCGACCGUUACAUAUAUCGGUGCCCGUGUGCAGCGUCGACGUUACGUCCGGCGGUGCCGUCAGAGUUACGCACAGAGGAAAGCGGCGCUGCUAUUGGAAAAUAUUAUCGGGCUGCCGGCCGCUGACGUGCCCUCCUUCCUCCCUCCCAACCCUCACAUCCUCCGCCUCGUGCCAUCCCGUCAACCAGAGGUUAAACCAGCCGCAAAUAUGUGAUUUUUUUUUCUCGGUACACAGCCGGUUAGCUGUUCGAGGUUCCGCACGACCAUCUAGAAGAUUCCACAGCUGCUUAUAAAGGAAAAAAGAAAAAAGAAACGCGCGCGCCGGAGCAGCUUCUGUUAUUUCUUUUCAAGGUUUUUCCUCUCGCGGAGGUUGUGUCGGACGGGACAGCGGAGCAUCGACUGAGGUCUCCCCUCCCGAGCCCAGCGAUGCUGCCCUGCCUGCGGAGAGUCCUGCCGCCCGCCCUCUCUCUGAGAGCCGGGACCGGGUUGGCCACAGCCGGACUGAGCAACCACCAAGCACCGGGCACUCCUCUCCCCGCGCGGCUGGUGCAGCGGCGUAACCUCGGCACGCACCCGCUGAAGGAGUCCGUGGAGCCCCUCGACUCGCCCCGCGGAGCCAAGGAGUUUAUUUACACCCUCCACCCGACCGAGCGCACCUGUCUGCUGCGAGAACUUCACAGGUUCGAGUCCAUAGCCAUAGCUCAAGGGACGCUGGAAGUUGCACCACCUACUUCAGCAGAGUUGAGAUAUGUUCUGCUGCACAAUGCAAUCCCAUUCGUUGGAUUUGGAUUCCUGGACAACUGCAUCAUGAUUGUUGCCGGCACACACAUUGAGUUAUCCAUCGGCGUGGUCCUCGGCAUUUCAACUAUGGCUGCUGCUGCCCUCGGCAACCUGGUGUCUGAUCUGGCAGGACUAGGUCUGGCAGGUUAUGUGGAGGCCUUGGCGUAUCGGCUGGGAAUGCAGAUUCCCGACUUAAGCCCCAAACAGGCCGACAUGUGGCAGACCAGAGUCAGCUCUCACUCGGGCAAAGCCAUUGGUGUCGGCAUCGGCUGUAUCCUCGGCAUGUUUCCUCUUUUUUUCUUUAAGGAUGAUGAGAAGAAAAAAGCCAAGAUGGAAAAAAAGGAGAAUACACAAGCGCCGCCUGCUCCAACCGAGAGCAGCGAAAACUGAACUGAACGAGACAAAUUCUAUUGGGAGUCCAUUAGAAUACUUUAAACUGGGACUGAUUGCGCCUGUCUGGUGGACUGGAGUGUGUGGAAAUGUAAUUGAACCCGUUUACGAUCUAGUCGUCGUCGGUUGGCCCAGUCAAACUAUCAAAGGUGUUCUGAAGAGGAUUUUAGAUAUUAUUUGAUUGUAUACUUUGAACUUAAGCACAGCGACCUGACAGUCUCUUGAAGAAGCCAGAAAUAUUCAUUGGACCGCUGCUACUCCGGCUAUUGCACCGUGACCUCACUUAUCUUGUCUCUCAUUUAUCUAAAACACACUGCAGUGGCCUCUGAAUAUGUAAACGUCUGACUGUAGAUGGUAAUAAACCAAUGCAUGAGGAUUAAAAAAAACACUUUCAGAGCUCUUACAUAACAAAAGUAUCGUAUAUGGCAUUUUGACAUUGAAGGUUUCUCGUACAUUUUCAGAAAUCCUUUUAAUUAAUGGAAGACGACUGAACAAAGAGGCACCCCAAUAACUUUAUUCAGCAGUGUUAAACUAAUUCCUUGUCAGUUUACGAUGCACCCUUCCACAUCAAGUACAUUACUCUAAAGUUUUACAAGCAUGUCUUCCCUUUUGAUGAAGUCAAAGUCUUAAAAGGUCCCACCUACCUGUCUCAUUUAACAAUGCAGGCUGUUAAAUAUGUAACGCCUGCUAGCUGCUUCUUUACUUAUUUAGAUUUUGUUGCUGAAUUUACUUCGAAUGAUGUGCUGCGUGAUGAUCACUGAUGUUCUGGCUCCAAUACAAUCUGAUUUAUGUCACACCUCUCCCGGCCA